UCCCUCCUCGCCUCCCUCAGGUCUCCGUUGACGUCUCCUCUCCCCACCCCCGGGCAUCUCGCUUCUUCAUUCUCCCCAUGGCCUUCUUUUUUCCCACCCCCUCUACGGCUUUCCAGCUUCCUCCCCAGCCCCCGCAGUUCCCUUGCCCCCCCAGAUUGCAGUCAGGGGAAAAAGCCCUAACACCUUCUCCCAACCCUGCUCUCCGGUCCCAUUGGUUCCCACCCCCACCCCCCCGCAGCACCUGCCCCCCCACCAGUCACCCGAUUGGCCAGCGGCCCCAUCAAUCCUCGCCUGGCCGUGCUGACGUCAUCCUGCAGUAGCGGGGAUGGGGUGGGCAUGAGAGAAAGAGCCAGGACGCGGGGCUCCAGAGCGAAGGAGAAGAAGCCACUGCCAGUCCCCCACCUCAGCCGCCCAGGUUGGGGGGCUGCUCAGGUCUGCUCUAUGGACUAGGGUGGGCGGCAGGCUCCUUUCCGUCUCUGCCCUGCUGCCUGCUCUCUUCCCUCCCCUCGUUGGAGAGCCCCUGCAUCCCUCCCCCAAGGUGGAAUACGCGGGCUUGAGGCUCCCGGGGGAGAGCGAUCGGGGCCCGGCGCUGCCCGCGCCACACCAUGACCCUCCUGCUGUUGUUCCUCUUGCUCGGCUCCCGGCUCCCCUCCAGCUCCUGCAACAAAGCCAACAAGCACAAGCCAUGGAUCGAGGCGGAAUACCAGGGCAUCGUCAUGGAGAACGACAACACUGUUCUGCUGAACCCACCACUCUUUGCUUUGGACAAGGAUGCCCCCCUGCGCUAUGCAGGCGAGAUCUGUGGCUUCCGGCUCCAUGGGUCUGGGGUGCCCUUUGAGGCCGUGAUCCUGGACAAGGCGACAGGAGAAGGGCUGAUCCGGGCUAAGGAACCCGUGGACUGCGAGGCCCAGAAGGAACACACCUUCACCAUCCAGGCCUAUGACUGCGGCGAGGGCCCCGACGGGGCUAACACCAAGAAGUCCCACAAGGCCACCGUGCACGUGCGAGUCAAUGACGUGAAUGAGUUUGCCCCAGUGUUUGUGGAGCGGCUGUACCGCGCGGCCGUGACCGAGGGGAAGCUGUACGACCGCAUCCUGCGGGUGGAGGCCAUCGAUGGCGACUGCUCCCCCCAGUACAGCCAGAUCUGCUACUACGAGAUUCUCACGCCCAACACCCCCUUCCUCAUCGACAACGAUGGGAACAUUGAGAACACGGAGAAGCUGCAGUACAGUGGCGAGAAGCUCUACAAGUUCACGGUGACGGCUUAUGACUGCGGGAAGAAGCGGGCGGUGGAUGACGCUGAGGUGGAGAUCCAGGUGAAGCCGACCUGUAAACCCAGCUGGCAAGGCUGGAACAAAAGGAUUGAAUAUGCACCAGGCGCCGGGAGCUUGGCUUUGUUCCCUGGUAUCCGCCUGGAGACCUGUGAUGAACCUCUCUGGAACAUUCAGGCCACCAUAGAGCUGCAGACCAACCAUGUGGCCAAGGGCUGUGACCGUGACAACUACUCAGAGCGGGCACUGAGGAAACUCUGUGGCGCGGCCCCUGGGGAGGUGGAUCUGCUGCCCAUGCCCGGCCCCAAUGCCAACUGGACGGCGGGCCUCUCGGUGCACUACAGCCAGGACAGCAGCCUUAUCUACUGGUUCAACGGCACCCAAGCUGUGCAGGUGCCACUGGGUGGCACCGCUGGGCUGGGCUCCGGGCCCCAGGACAGCCUCAGUGACCAUUUUACCCUGUCCUUGUGGAUGAAGCACGGUGUAACCCCCAGCAAGGGCAAGAAGGAAGAGGAAACCAUCGUGUGUCACACUGUCCCAAACGAGGACGGCUUCUCUCACUACUCGCUGACCGUCCACGGCUGCAGAAUUGCCUUCCUCUACUGGCCUCUGCUGGAGAGUGCCCGGCCAGUCAAGUUCCUCUGGAAGCUGGAGCAGGUCUGCGAUGACGAGUGGCACCACUAUGCUUUGAACCUCGAGUUCCCCACGGUCACACUCUAUGCCGAUGGCAUCUCUUUCGACCCUGCCCUCAUCCACGACAACGGUCUCAUCCACCCGCCCCGACGGGAGCCUGCGCUCAUGAUUGGGGCCUGCUGGGCUGAGGAGAAGAACAAAGAGAAGGAAAAGGGAGGCGACAACAGUACGGACGCCACAGCAGGAGACCCCUUGCCGAUCCACCACUACUUCCACGGCUACCUGGCUGGUUUCAGCGUGCGCUCAGGUCGCCUGGAGAGCCGUGAGGUCAUCGAGUGUCUCUAUGCAUGUCGGGAGGGGCUGGACUAUAGGGAUUUCGAGAGCCUGGGCAAAGGCAUGAAGGUCCACGUGAACCCCUCGCAGUCCCUGCUCACCCUGGAGGGGGACGAUGUGGAGACCUUCAACCAUGCCCUGCAGCAUGUGGCUUACAUGAACACUCUGCGCUUUGCCACGCCCGGCGUCAGACCCCUGCGCCUCACUACUGCCGUCAAGUGCUUCAGCGAAGAAUCCUGUGUCUCCAUCCCCGACGUGGAGGGCUACGUGGUGGUGCUCCAGCCUGAUGCCCCUCAGAUCCUGCUGAGUGGCACUGCUCAUUUUGCCCUCCCAGCUGUGGACUUCGAGGGACCCGAGGGGGUCCCUUUGUUCCCUGAUCUUCAAAUCACUUGCUCCAUUUCUCACCAGGUGGAGGCCAAAAAGGACGAGAGUUGGCAGGGCACAGUGACAGACACACGCAUGUCGGAUGAGAUCGUGCACAACCUGGAUGGCUGUGAGAUUUCUCUGGUGGGGGAUGACCUGGACCCCGAGCGGGAAAGCCUGCUCCUGGACGUGGCGUCCUUGCAGCAGCGAGGCUUGGAGCUCACCAACACGUCUGCCUACCUCACCAUUGCCGGGGUGGAGGGCAUCACUGUGUAUGAAGAGAUCCUGAGGCUGGCUCGUUACCGGCUGCGACGCGGGGCUGCCCUCUAUGCCAGGAAGUUCCGGCUUUCCUGCUCAGAAAUGAAUGGGCGUUACUCCAGCAAUGAAUUCGUCGUGGAGGUCAGCGUCCUGCACAGCGUGAACCGGGUCACUCACCCCAGCCACAUGCUCAGCUCCCAGCAGUUCCUGCACCGAGGUCACCAGCCCCCACCUGAGAUGGCUGGACACAGUCUGGCCAGCUCCCACCGGAACUCCAUGGUCCCGAGUGCUGCGACCCUCAUCAUCGUGGUGUGCGUGGGCUUCCUGGUGCUCAUGGUCGUCCUGGGCCUCGUGCGCAUCCACUCGCUGCACCGCCGUGUCUCGGGGGCCGGCGGGCCCCCGGGGGGCUCCAGUGACCCCAAGGAUCCCGACCUCUUCUGGGAUGACUCAGCUCUCACCAUUAUCGUGAACCCCAUGGAGUCCUACCAGGGCCGGCAGACCUCCAUGGCGGGCGCUGCGGGCAGCCAGCAGGAGGACGAGGACAGCAGCGACUCCGAGGCAGCCGACUCGCCCAGCAGCGACGAGAGACGCAUCAUCGAGACCCCCCCUCACCGCUACUAAGGCCUCCACCCCUCCCCAGACAGAGAGAGGAUUCCGCCCUGGUGAGACAGACACCCCCCCGAAGAGAGAGGAGGACACGCUGAGAGAAGAGAGACCCAGAGGGAGCAGCUCUUGGAAGAGUCAUCCUUUAAUCUCAGAACCCCGUGGCCCUACCGGAGCCCACCCCCUCCCCCUCUCCCCUAGCCCCCCCCCCCACGAGCCCCUGGGCUCCCCCCCCCCCCCCCCCCCCCCCCACCCCCGGGGUGGGAGACUGGCAGGCAGCCGGCUCCUUCGCUCACCCCUGUCUGUCUCUCCCCAUGCCGGCCACGCGCUGUAUGGGUUGUAGGGCGGACUGAAGGAAACCCUGUACCCUGCCCCUGCCUACUCUCCUGUCCACGGAGACCCCCACCAGACCCCCAGCCGGGCCUUCCCUGCUUCUCUUAUGAGCCCGCCUCUCUCCAUUUCCUUCUGGGGAUCCCUGCUUCUCCUCCUGGCCCCCUUCCCUCCUCUCCUUGCCUGAGGUCCUACGGCCCCUGCCCUUCCUACAGGACCCGGCUGUGGCUGGCUUGUAGGGGCCCCGGGUGUAUUAUAUAUAAUGUAUAUUUUUUCAUGUCGUCGUGAGCGCAGCCCCUGUGUUCCGUGUGCAGCUCACAGCCUCGUGUGCGUGUGGCAUCGUCACGUCUUGGGGUUAGGGUAGGGAUGGGUGUGCUGAGGAAGGGGACACACCCUAGGGUUUUCAAAUAAAACAACCAGAAAAAAGCUCGGUGAGCUGCCUCUGGCCUGGCUGAUCCCCGGUGGGCGCUGUGCGGGUGGCAGCUCUGGGGUCUCGGGCCCCUUCGGCCUCUGAGCUGAAGUAAGGGGCAGGGCUGGUUGUUUCCCACUGUCUCCUUCCCUCAGCACCUGUGGGAAGAGUAUAGACAACUGAGGGAAUGCCGCAGACUCUGGAUCUUUGUGGGGGACAUUGUCAACCCCUCCCCAUCUCUUGGAAGUUUCCGCCUGGGGGGCUGGGGCAACUCCCCAUCUCUUGGAAUUUUCAGGCUGGGGUGCCGGGGCGCCCUGCCCGCGGAGUCUAGGGAGAGAGUGCAGGCAGCCCUGCUAUUUG